AUGGGCUCCAGCGCAUCCAAGCCGGCCUCCCCACACGUGUGGAAGGGCACCGGCCCCCCGACCGUGUCCCAGGACCUGCUCGAGACCCUGCAGUCCAGCACAGAGACCGACACGACCCGCGCCCAAACGGUCGAGCUUCACGUGCAGGCCCGCGUUGCAGAGGAGCUGCGCCGCCUGCAGGCCGAGCAGCUUACCAAGCUCAAGGGUGCUGGGGCUGCCCUUGAGGAAGAGACCGUGGCGAAACCCAUCGACCCCUCGGCUCCCUCGUCCGCUGCCGUUGCCAAAGACAUUGCCGGCCUGCGGGCCCGCCUUGAGGCUCGCCAGCGCGAGGUCAGCCAGCCGCUGCCGGAACCCGUCGAAAAGGCCCGCGGUGAGGUCGUGCGGUGUCUGCGCGAGAACGACCGGCGGCCUCUGGACUGCUGGCGGGAGGUUGCCGCCUUCAAGGACGAGGUGCGCAAGCUGGAGGCGAGCUGGGUGGAGCGGGUGGUGAGGACUUAA